AUGACUGUUGUCUUGCUGGGUUUGGCUGUCUGGUCCAUCCAUUGUGUCAGCAGCGAACCACCCCCCGCAGAAGGCACCCCGUCCCUCCCCGCAUGGCGCUUCACGCAUUCGCUCUACAAUGUCUCCAUCUACGAGAAUUCGGCUCCCAAGACCUACGUGGAAAGCCUGGUGAAGAUGGGCAUCUACCUGGCCGAUCCUCGGUGGACAGUGAAAUACCGGAUCAUCGCCGGGGACGCGUCGAAUGUGUUCAAGGCCGAAGAGCAUGUGGUGGGCAACUUCUGCUUUCUGAGAAUCCGGACCAAGAGUAGCAACACGGCCCUCCUGAACAGAGAGGUACGGGACACGUACGUGCUCAUCAUCCAGGCUUCUGAAAAGUCCUCAGAGAUGGAGGCCCUCACCAGCGUGGCCGUGCGCAUCCUGGAUCAGAACGACCUGAAGCCCCUCUUCUCCCCGCCUUCUUACAGGGUCACCAUUGCAGAAGACGCACCCCUCAAGAGACCCAUUUGCCAAGUGACAGCCACCGAUGCCGAUCUGGGCAGGAACGCUGACUUCUAUUAUGCCUUCAACACCAGAUCGGACAUGUUUGCCAUCCACCCCACCAGCGGCGUGAUCACCGUGGCCGGCAAACUCAACGUCACCCAGAGAGGUAAACACGAACUCCAGGUCCUGGCUGUGGAUCGCAUGCGCAAGCUGACAGAGGGUAAUGGCUUUGGAAAUGUGGCUCCCCUGAUCAUCUACGUGGAACCCUCCUCCAGGAAGCCCCCGGCCAUUGCUUCCAUGGUGGUGACUGAGACAGAUGAUGAUGAGGAUGGCAGCUACGCCACGGUCACCGUGGAUGGCGUGGGGGCCGACGUGGAAUCUCUGGAAAUUGUCAGUGGUGACCCGGGUCAGCACUUCAAAGCCAUUAAAUCCUAUGCACACAGCAACCAAUUCAACCUGGUGGCCACCAAGGACAUCGACUGGGUCGUGUAUCGCCACGGGUUCAAUCUCAGCCUCCAGGCCCGGAGUGUGAACAAACCUUUCCAUUCCCAUAUCAAGGCCUUCCACCUCCCACCGGCCCCGCUGGACUCGCUUAGGUUCGAGAAGGCCAUGUACAGGGUUCAACUUCACGAGUCCUCUCCUCCUGGGAGUCGGGUAGCCCUGGUCAAAGUGACCCCGAUUGUCCCUACCCUGCGGUAUGUCCUAAAGCCAUCCCCUGAUAGCGCGGGCUUUAAACUUAACACCCGUACUGGGUUGAUCACCACUACCAAGGUCUUGGAUUUUCAAGAUGGUGCCCAAUACCAGUUGCAUAUCAGGACCUCGGUGGGCGUGGCCUCCACCACCGUGGUGAUCGACGUGGUGGAUGGUAAUAACCACGCCCCCGUCUUCAGCAGGCCUUCCUACGAGGGCAUAGUGGAGGAGAACCUGCCUCUAGGCAUCCCAGUUUUGACCGUCUCGGCCACCGAUCAAGAUCCUGGAGAGAAUGGCUGCUUCACCUAUUGCCUUGUGGGUCCCCAAGGGGUGCCAUUUACCAUCGAUCCUUUCUCAGGGGUCAUCUCCACCACCAAACCCAUGGAUUACGAGCUCAUGAAGAGGAUUUAUACCUUCCGCAUACGGGCAUCCGAUUGGGGGUCUCCAUUCCGCCAAGAGAAAGAAGUGUCGGUAUCCAUUCGGCUCAAGAACUUGAAUGACAACCAGCCUAUGUUCGAAGAGGUCAACUGUACCGUGUCUCUGCGCCAAGACUCACCGGUGGGCAGGUCCGUGCUGACCAUGUCGGCCAUCGACGUGGAUGAGCUCCAGAACCUCAGAUAUGAGAUCGUGUCGGGCAACGAGCGGGGGUAUUUUGAUCUCCAUCAUUUCUCCGGGGUGAUCUCCCUCAGGCGUUCCUUUACGAAUCUCACUGGUGGCCAGCCCACGAGCUAUUCCUUAAAGAUCACAGCCACCGAUGGCCAACACCAUGCCACACCCACCAUGGUGAAUGUCACCGUGGUACAGGACCCCCGUCUGGAAGCCCCGGCCACCUGUGACAAAACAGGGGUCUUGACACAUUUCACCCAGACCAUCCUCCAUUCUGUGAGCCUCCAGGACCAGGAGUUCAGUGAUGAAGAAGUCGCUUCCCUGAGUACCUAUCAGAUCAAUGACCACGCCCCCCGCUUUGAGGACCACUUCCCUCAGACCAUUGAUGUCUCUGAACAGGCUCCCACCAACACACCCUUGGCCCACCUGGCCGCCACCGACCCCGAUGAGGGCUUCCAUGGCAAACUGGUCUACGUGAUUGCAGAAGGCAACGAUGAAGGUCGCUUUGACCUUGAGCUGGAGACGGGGUGGCUGAGGGUAGCGGCCCCCCUGGAUUAUGAGGCCACCAGUUUCUACGUGCUCAACGUGACCGUGUAUGACCUGGGCACGCCUCAGAAGUCCUCCUGGAAGCUGCUGACGGUGACCGUGCAAGACUGGAAUGACAAUGCACCUCAGUUUCCCCCGGGUGGGUACCAGCUCACCGUCUCGGAAGACACCGACGUGGGAACGACCAUCACAGAGCUGCAAGCCCGCGAUGCUGACUCGGAGGAAAAUGGCAGGGUUCGCUACACCCUGCUGAGUCCCACGGACAGAUUCUCCCUGCAUCCUCACACUGGGGUGCUGGUGGUCACGGGGCCCCUCGAUCGCGAAUCCGAACCCCGCUAUGUGCUCAAGGUAGAAGCCAGGGAUCAACCCAGGACAGGCCAUCAGCUCUACUCGGUCACCGAUUUGAUCAUCACCUUGGCUGAUACCAAUGACAAUGCCCCCCAGUGUGUCCCCGAGCCCAGCCGCCUGAGGGUCCCCGAGGAUCUGCCCCCCGGGACCGUGUUGACUUUCCUGGAUGCCUUCGACCCCGAUCUCGGCCCCUCAGGGGACCUGCGUUAUGUCCUGUUGGAUGAUGUCCACGGAACCUUCCGGAUUGACCUGCUGACGGGGGUGUUGAGUCUGGAGAGAGAGUUGGACUUUGAGAAGUGGGCUGGGUACAAUCUGAGCCUGUGGGUUAGGGACAGUGGAAGGCCCCUGUCCCGCAGGACCCUCUGUCACGUGGAAGUGAUGGUCCUGGACGUGAAUGAGAAUCUCCACCCUCCUCGCUUUGUCUCCUUCGUGCACCAGGGCCAGGUGCGGGAGGAGAGCCCCCCGGGGACGCCUGUGAUGCAGGUGACCGCCCAGGAUGAUGAUGACGGCUCGGAUGGGGAGCUGCAGUACUUUCUGCGGGCUGGUACCGGCCUUGAUGCCUUUAGUAUCGACCGGGAUACAGGAAUGAUUCAGACACUGGCACCCCUGGAUCGAGAAUUCACCCCCUCCUAUUGGCUGACAGUGCUGGCUGUGGACAGGGGUUCGGUACCCCUGUCUGCUGUCACUGAAGUCUACAUUGAGGUGAUGGAUGUGAAUGACAACCCACCCCGGAUGUCCCAAGCUGUGUUCUACCCCUCCGUCCUGGAGGAUGCACCUCUGGGCACCUCUGUGUUGCAGCUGGAUGCCUUGGACCCGGAUUCCAGCUCACAGGGGAAGCUCACGUUCAACAUCACCGGGGGGAACCAUGGGGGAUUCUUCCUGAUCCAUCAAUCCACAGGUCUCCUAUCUACCGCCAGGCAGCUGGACAGAGAGAGCAAGGAUGAGCACGUCCUAGAGGUGACUGUGCUGGACAAUGGGGAGCCCCUCCUGAAGUCCACUUCCAGAGUGGUGGUGAGCAUCUUGGAUGUCAACGACAACCCGCCUGUAUUUUCCCACAAGCUCCUCAAUGUCCGUCUUCCAGAGAGGCUGAGCCCCGUGUCUCCUGGGCCUGUGUACAGGCUGGUGGCUUCAGACCCGGAUGAGGGUCUCAAUGGCAGAGUCACCUACAGUAUCGAAGAGAGCGAUGAGGAGGGCUUCAGAAUCGACCCAGGCACUGGUGUGGUGUCAUCCAGCAGUACCUUUGCAGCCGGCGAAUAUAACAUCCUCACGAUCAAGGCAACCGACAGUGGGCAACCGCCUCUCUCGACCAGCGUCCGGCUACAUAUUGAGUGGAUUCCUCAGCCUCGGCCAUCCUCCAUACCCCUCAUCUUUGAUGAACCCCAGUACAGCUUCACGGUCAUGGAGACAGACCCCGUAAACCAUAUGCUAGGGGUCAUCAGUGUAGAAGGCCGGCCUGGCCUCUUCUGGUUCAACAUCUCAGAUGGUGACAAGGACAUGGACUUUGACAUCGAGAAGACUACAGGCAGCAUCGUCAUCGCCAGACCUCUGGACACAAGGAGAAGAUCCCGCUAUAACUUGACGGUGGAGGUGACCGAUGGAUUCCACACCAUUGCCACUCAGGUUCGAGAUCAAGAGAUGCCCAUCAAGAGGAACUUUGUGUGGGUGACAAUUCACUUGGAAGAUGGAAACUUCCACCCGCCCAAGUUCAUCCAGCCUCAUUAUGAAGCCAGGGUCCCCGACACAACAGUCCCUGGUACAGAGCUGCUCCAGGUCCGAGCCGUGGAUGCUGACCGGGGAGCCAAUGCGGAGAUCCAUUACUCCCUCCUGAAAGGCAACAGUGAGGAUUUCUUCAACAUUGAUUCCCUCCUAGGUAUCAUCACGGCAGCCCAGAAACUCGAUCAGACAAAUCACGGCCGGUAUACCUUGACCGUGAAGGCCGAAGAUCAAGGUUCCCCACAAAAGCAAGACCUGGCUACGGUGAUCAUUCAUGUCUACCCCUCGGACAGUAGCGCUCCUAUCUUUUCACAACCUGAGUACUUCAUCGAGAUCCCCGAAUCCAUCCCUCGUGGCUCACCGAUCCUCCUGGUAUCUGCUACCAGUCCCACAGAAGUGACCUAUGAAUUGAGAGAAGGAAAUAAGGAUAGUGUGUUCUCCCUGAAUUCCUAUUCUGGCCUCCUUUCCACCCAGAAGACCUUCGAUCAUGAGAAAAUCUCAUCUUACCAACUGAAGAUCCGGGGCAACAAUAUGGCAGGUACUUACACCGAUGUCGUGGUCCUGGUUUACAUCAUCGACGACAACGACAAUGCACCUGCGUUCUUCAAGUCCACGUUUGUGGGUUCCGUCAGUGAAGCGGCUCCAUUGCACAGUCUGAUCGUGGAUGAGAAAAACCAGCCGUUCGUCAUCCGUGCCUCCGAUUCGGACAAAGAAGCCAACUCCUUGUUGGUGUAUCAAAUCUUACAACCAGAAGCCCUAAAGUUUUUCACAAUUGACCCCAGUAUGGGGACACUCACCAUUGCAUCAGAGAUCGAUUAUGAGGCCACACCCUCUCUCCAGUUCAACGUCUACGUGCGCGACCAAGGGCAUCCCCUCUUGUUUGCACCCAGGCCUGCCAAGGUCAUCGUCAAGGUCAGAGACGUGAAUGAUUCUCCCCCAAGGUUCUCAGAGCAGAUCUAUGAAGUUACACUCACGGGACCCACCCACCCAGGGAUGGAGCUUCUUGUGGUUCGAGCCAGCGAUGAGGACUCAGAAAUCCACUACAGCAUCAAAACUGGUAACACAGAUGAAGCCCUGGCCCUUCACCCCCUCAGCGGUCGCCUGUCUGUGCUGAAUCCCGCCCUCCUGGGGGCCCCGAGGAAGCUCUCCAUCCGGGCCUCUGAUGGUGUGUAUCAAGACACUGCAUUGGUCAAGAUUUCUCUGGCCCACAACCCUGACAAUAGUUUACGCUUCGAUCGGGAGGUUUAUGGCGCAAGUGUGGAUGAGAAUAGCCAGGAGCGGAAGGCCUUGGUGAUUCUCCGUGUCCAGGGCCACCAUGUGAAUGACACCCUUUCUUUCUUCCUCCUGAAUGGCACAGAUUGCUUUCGCGUGGUCAGGUCAGCAGGGGUGCUGCAAACGAGAGGUGUGGCCUUGGAUCGGGAACGGCAGGACACUCACGUGGUGGCCGUGGAAGUGAGGGACAAUCGUGUCCCUCCCAGGGUGGCUCAGGCAUUGGUCAGGGUCUCCGUGGAGGAUGUUAAUGACAGUCCCCCUGUGUUUCAGCAUCUGUCCUAUUACACAACCAUCCAAGAUGGCACGGAGCCCGGAGACGUCCUGUUUCAGGUAUCGGCCACGGAUGAAGACUUGGGAGCCAAUGGGACUGUCACGUUUGCCUUUGCCGAAGAUUAUACCUAUUUCCGAAUUGACCCCUACAUGGGAGACAUUACCCUGAAGAAACCUUUUGAUUACCAAGCUUUAAAUAAGUAUCGCCUCAAAGUGAUCGCGCGGGAUGGAGGAACCCCUGCCUUGCAGACGGAGGAAGAAGUCCUGGUGAUCGUGAGAAAUAAAUCCAAUCCACUCUUUCAGAGUCCUUACUACAAAGUCAGAGUUCCCGAGAACAUCACGCUCUACACGCCCAUCCUUCAUACCCAAGCGCGGAGCCCGGAAGGCCUCAGACUGAUCUACAAUAUCGUAGAGGAAGAACCCCUGAUGCUCUUUACAACUGACUUCAAGACUGGCGUCCUCACCGUGACGGGACCUUUAGAUUAUGAAUCUCAGAGAAAGCACGUGUUCACGGUCCGUGCCACAGAUACGGCGCUGGGCUCCUUUUCUGAAGCCAUAGUGGAAGUCUUGGUGGACGAUGUGAAUGACAAUCCUCCCACGUUUCCCCAGUUGGUCUACACCACUUCGAUUUCCGAAGGUCUCCCUGCUCAUACCCCUGUGAUCCAACUGUUAGCUUUUGAUCAAGACUCUGGGCAGAACAGUGAUAUCUCUUAUCAGAUCCUGGAGGAUGGAUCAGGGGUCUCUGAUGUUUUCCAGAUCAAUGGGAGUACCGGGGAGAUGUUCACCGCUCAGGAAUUGGAUUAUGAAGUCCAGCAAUAUUUUCACGUGAAGGUCAGGGCUGUGGACAGGGGCGAUCCUCCUCUCACUGGAGAAACCCUUGUGAUUGUCAACGUGUCUGAUGUCAAUGACAACGCUCCUGAGUUCCAGCAGCCUCAGUACGAAGCCACUGUCAGUGAGCUAGCGACCUGUGGCCACUUGGUUCUUAAAGUCCAGGCUCUCGAUCCUGACCUGGGAGACACUUCCCGCCUAGAGUACCUGAUUCUUUCUGGCAAUCAAGACCGACACUUCUCCAUUAACAGCUCCUCAGGGGUCAUUUCUAUGUUCAAUCUUUGCAAGAAACAAUUGGGAUCUUCUUAUCAUUUGAGGGUAGGUGCUUCCGAUGGGGUCUUCCGGGCUGCUGUCCCUGUGUAUAUAAACACUACCAAUGCCAACAAGUAUAGCCCAGAGUUCCAGCAGCACAUUUACGAGGCAGAAUUAGCUGAGAACGCCAAAGUGGGAACGAAGGUGAUCGAGUUAUUGGCAAUCGACAAGGACAGCGGUCCCUACGGCACAGUAGAUUACACAAUCAUCAAUAAACUGGCAGGGGAGAAGUUCACCAUCAACCCCAGCGGCCAGAUCACCACACUGCAGGAAUUAGAUCGAGAAAAUUCCACCGAAAGAGUGGUCGCCAUCAAAGUCAUGGCGAGGGACGGAGGGGGGAAAGUGGCCUUCUGUACCGUGAAGAUCAUUGUCACUGAUGAAAAUGACAACCCCCCACAGUUCAAGGCCUCUGGGUACACUGUAUCCAUCCCGUCCAAUGUCAGCCGGGGUUCUCCGGUCAUCCAGGUGUUGGCUUACGAUGCCGAUGAAGGCCGGAAUGCCGAUGUGACCUACUCCGUUGACUCCCCGGAAAUCCUGGCUGGAGAGAUCGUCACCAUCAACCCAAGCACUGGAGUGGUUAAGGUGAAAGAAAGCCUGGUAGGAUUGGAAAACAGGGCUGUUGACUUCCAGAUCAAAGCCCAGGAUGGGGGUCCCCCUCACUGGGAAUCUUUGGUGCCCAUCCGACUUCAGGUUGUUCCUAAUGAAGUCUCUUUACCCAAAUUCUCGGAACCUCUGUAUACUUUCUCUGCAGCCGAAGACCUCCCGGAAGGGUCUGAAAUUGGGUUUGUUAAAGCCGUGGCUGGUCAAGAUCCAAUCAUCUAUAGUCUAGUGGAAGGUACCACACCCGAGAGUAACAAAGAUGGGGUUUUCUCCUUGGAUCAAGACACCGGGGUCUUGAAAGUGAGGAAACCCAUUGAUCGUGAGUCCACCAAAUGGUACCAGAUCGAUCUGAUGGCUCAUUGCCCCCAUGAGGACACCGACUUGGUGUCUUUGGUCUCUGUCAACAUCCAAGUGGAAGAUGUCAACGACAACAGGCCUAUAUUUGAGGCGGAUCCCUACAAGGCUUUCCUCACUGAGAAUAUGCCCGGAGGGACCACGGUCAUCCAAGUGACAGCUAAUGACCAGGACACUGGCAGUGAUGGCCAGGUGAGUUAUCGGCUUUUGGCAGAGUCUGGUAGCCAGAUCCACGAGCUGUUUGCCAUUGAUAGCGAGAGUGGUUGGAUCACCACACUCCAAGAACUUGACUGUGAGGCCCAACAGACUUAUCAUUUUUACGUAGUCGCCUCUGAUCAUGGACGGACCAUCCAGUUAUCUUCCCAAGCCCUGGUUGAGGUCUUCAUCACCGAUGAAAAUGACAACGCUCCUCGAUUUGCUUUAGAAGACUACAGAGGCUCGGUGGUGGAGAAUGGUGAGCCAGGAGAACUGGUAGCAACCUUAAAGACUUUGGAUGCUGACAUCUCUGAGCAGAACAGACAGGUCACCUGCUACAUCACAGAGGGAGAUCCCCUGGGCCAGUUCAGCAUCCAUCAAGAUGGCGACGAAUGGAAGAUCUCCUCCAAAGAAACCCUGGAUCGUGAGCACACAGCCAAGUACUUGCUCAGAAUCACAGCGUCUGAUGGCAAAUUCCAGACUUCGGUUCCCGUGGAAGUCUUUGUCCUGGACAUCAAUGAUAACAGUCCACAGUGCUCCCAGCUUGUCUACACUGGCAAGGUCCGUGAAGAUGUCUCUCCAGGACAUUCCAUUUUGAAAGUUUCUGCCACGGACUUGGAUGCAGACGCCAAUGCUCAGAUCACAUAUAGUCUGCAUGGCCCUGGGGCGAGCGAAUUCAAGCUAGACCCUCACACAGGGAUGCUGACCACACUCACGGCGCUCGAUCGCGAGCAAAAGGAUGUGUAUUACCUCUUCGCCAAGGCCACAGAUGGAGGCGGCCGAUCGUGCCAGGCAGAUGUGACCUUACACGUGGAAGACGUCAAUGACAACGCUCCUCGGUUCUUCCCCAGCCACUGUGCUGUGGUUGUCUUCGAUAACACCACGGUGAAGACCCCUGUGGCUGUGGUAUUUGCCAGGGACCCUGACCAAGGGAUCCUGUAUGUCAACCAGAGCCUGGACUUUGAGACGAGCCCCAAGCACUUCCUGUCCAUCGAGUGCAGCCGCCAGGGCUCCUCCUCUCUCAGUGACGUGGCCACCAUUGUGGUUAACAUCACAGAUGUGAAUGAGCACCGUCCCAGAUUCUCCCAGGAGCGCUACAGUGCCAGUGUGCCAGAGAACGCCUUCGUGGGCAACGUCAUCCUCACAGUGUCAGCAACCGAUGAGGACGGACCCCUAAACAGUGCGAUUACCUAUAGCCUCGUAGGAGGGGAUCAGCUCCAGCACUUCACCAUCCACCCCAAGAAGGGGGAGCUGCAGGUGGCUAAAGCCCUGGACUGGGAGCAGACGUCCAGCUACUCCCUGAGACUCCGGGCCACGGACAGCGGGCAGCCCCCACAGCACGAAGACGUCGAGGUGGACAUCCACGUGGCUGAUGUGAAUGACAAUCCCCCAAGAUUCUUCCAGCUCAACUACAGCACCACGGUCCAGGAGAACUCCCCGGUUGGAAGUAAAGUCUUACAGCUGAUCGUGAGUGACCCGGACUCCCCAGAGAAUGGCCCGCCCUACUCCUUCCGGAUCAUGCAGGGGAACGUGGCUUCCACAUUCCGAGUGACCCCAGAUGGGUGGCUGGUGACCACCGGCGCCCUGAGCAGGAAAGCCCAGGAGCGGUAUCAGCUUCAGGUCGAGGCCUCCGACAGUGGCAUUCCUCCCCUGUCUUCUGUGACGUGGGUCCAUGUCCACGUCACAGAGCCCAGCCACUACCCCCCCUCCGCCCUCCCACUGGAGAUUUUCAUCACCACCGGGGAGAGGGGGUUCCACGGUGGCGUGGUGGGGAAGAUCCACGCCACGGACCGAGAUCCUCAGGACACGCUGACCUACAGCCUAGCAGGCGAGGAGACUCUGGGCGCUGGCUUCUCCGUGGGGUCCACGGAUGGCAAGAUUCUCGCCACCCAGGCACUGCCCCGUGGCCGCUACUCCUUCAACAUCACGGUCAGUGACGGCACCUUUGCCACCACCACUGGGGUCCACGUCCACGUGUGGCACGUGGGGCGCGAGGCCCUGCGCCAGGCCCUCUGGGUGAGUUUCCAGCAGCUCACCCCGGAGGAGCUGGUGAGCGAUCACUGGAGAAACCUCCAGCGUUUCCUCAGACACAAGCUAGACAUCAAACGUGCCAACAUCCACCUGGCCAGCCUGCAACCUGCCCAGGCCGGGCCUGGCGUGGAUCUGCUCCUGGUCUUUGAGGAGCCUUCUAGAACAUUCCACCACCUGCAAGAAUGGGCGUCCAGCUUGGUUCACUCGGCCAAGGAGAUGGAACAGUCGGUGGGGAUUCAGAUAAGGUCGGCCCUGCCCGUGGGGCCUUGCCAGGGACCGAGCUGCCAGGAUCAGUCAUGCCAAAUGAUGGUGCAUUUGGACCCCAAUGUGGGGCCCCCCUAUAGCACAGCCAGGCUAAGCAUCCUCACGCCGCGACACCGUCUGGAGAGAAGCUGCUCCUGUAAUGGCACGGCGGCCAGGUUCAAUGGUCAGAGCUACGUGCGGUACCGGGCGCAGGCUGGGAACUGGCGCAUCCGUUUCCACAUGCAAACACGCCAGCCUCAGGCCAUUCUCCUGGUCUCUAAUGACUCGGCAUCCAUUUCCUUGAAGCUGGCCAGGGGUGUGCCCCAGCUGGAAUACCGCUGUCCAGGUGGUUUCUAUGGUAACCUUUCCUCCAGGAUCCCGGUGGAUGACGGCGAGUGGCAUUCCCUGGGGCUGGAGUUGACGGACGCUUGGGUUCGCCUGCUGACCGACAGCUCCGGCAAAGCCUCACUCAUCAUCCCGGAGAACUGCCGAGGCCUGGGGCCGGAGGAGAGACACCUGAUCCUGGGAGGCGGCCCUGUGCCUUCCCACGCGUCCCCCAACGUCACCCAGGGUUUCCAAGGCUGCCUGGAUGGCCUGGUGGUCAAUGGCAAGGGGCUGGAGCUUGUGGGUCAUGCAGAGAGGACGGCAGGCGUGCUGGAGAGAGAGGCCCUCAGCCCGUGCUGCCCACGCAGUGACGCCUGCAGCCCAGACCCCUGCCUCAACGGGGGGACGUGCUCUCAGGUCCCCGGGACAGGCUACGUCUGCAGCUGUGCCCCACCAUUCUCCGGGCGGCACUGUGAACUACAGAGAGAGAAUUGCACUUCCGUGCCGUGCCUGGAAGGGGGGACUUGCAUGCCCUCCCCGGAAGGAACUUCCUGUAACUGCCCUCACCCCUACACAGGGGACAGGUGUGAAAUGGAGGCCAGGGGUUGCUCAGAAGGACAUUGCUUAAUCACACCCGAGAUCACGCGGGGGGACUGGGGACAGCAGGAGUUACUGAUCGUUAUCGUGGCCAUCUUGGUCAUGGUGGUGAGCACGGCUGGCUUUCUCUUCUACUGUCGCCGCUGCAAGUCUCACAAGCCGGUGACAAUGGAGGAUCCCGAUCUCCUCGCGCGGAGCAUCGGGGUAGACACCCAAGCCCUGCCAGCCAUUGAGCUCGACCCUCUGACCACCAGCUCCUGCACCAACUUGAACCAACUGGAGCCCAGCAAGACUUCCAUUCCCAGUGAACUGGUCACUUUCGGGCCGAACUCGAAGCAGCAGCCAGUGGUCUGCAGCGUGCCGCCCAGGCUCCCGACAUCUACUGCGGUCCCUCCACAUCCGGACCACAAGUGCAUCAUGAAGAGGACCUGGUCAGGCGAGGAGAUGGUGUAUCCCAGCAGAGCUGCGGUCUGGCCCCCCACUUACUCCAGGAGCGAUCGCUGGCAGUACGCUCACUCCGAAGUGUCUCAGGAUUCUCGGCCACCUUCCCCCCAACAUCGUGCAGCCAUGAUCCCAGAGCCCGCUGGUCUCUACGGGGGGUUCCCCUUCCCCCUGGAACUGGAAAACAAGAGGGCACCCCUCCCACCCCGUUAUAGCAACCAGAAUCUGGAAGACCUGAUGCCACCGCCCCCCGCAGCCCCCGGCCCCCGUGAACCUCUGCUGCCGCCUUCUCUCAAUGAGUACACGGCCAUCAGCUACUACCAUUCGCUCCGGCAGGGAGGGGGCGGGCCCUGCCUGGCAGAGGGCGGCUACAAGGGGGUGAGCAUGCGGCUCAGCAGGGCGGGACCCUCGUACGCUGACUGUGAGGUAGAAGGGGGACCUCCUGUGGGUCGGGGCCAGCCCCGAGCCCCCCCCAAUUAUGAAGGUUCAGACAUGGUGGAGAGUGAUUACGGGAGCUGUGAAGAAGUGAUGUUCUAGCUUCAUGUUCUCAGAGGAAGAUGAGCCGGAGAUCCUUCCCCCCCAUCUUCUAGU